GGGGUGUGACCCCGCCUUUUUUUUCCCUUCAGCCCCCCCUCUUUUUUCUGCCUUGAUGACGCUCACCAUAUCCGGAGACAUUCGAGCAGCAAAGCAAUCCAUGGUGUCCUCUCCUCCUCCGCCUCCUGGUUCUCCUCUGUGGCGGAGAUCCGACGCCGGGAUCGGCGGGACGAAGAUGCUCCCGGGGACGGCGUGACACUGGAGCCUCACCGCGGGCCCCCGCAGCGGGAGAACAAACAGCGCGCCAUCGUUGCAAUCUGUCUAUAGUGCGCAUUAUGGUUUACAGGUGAAAUUUGAGGAAAUGAUUCCAAAGUCAGGAAAAUCUCCGGCAGACUCACGGAAAAGUGUCGGCAUCCAUGAGUUUGCAGCGCUCGCCAGAUCGUCCCUGAACGGUAUUUCUCAGGCUGUCAGGGACCAUGUGACCAAGCCCACCUCCCUGGCCCAGGGCCGGGUAGCCCACCUUAUCGAGUGGAAAGGUUGGCCCAAACCUGCGGACCCACCUCCGGCCGCCCACUUCAGCUCUUACUGCCAUCUGACUGAAGGAGAGAAGGAGGCACGCUUCGCCGCAGGAGUGGCUGAGCAGUUUGCCAUCGCUGAGGCCAAGCUCCGAGCCUGGGCUUCCAUGGAUGACGACGAGGAGGAUGACUCCAACGACGAAGACACCCACGCCGGAGCGGGGACUUUCAGCAGUCAAAGCGCGUCAGACGCCGCCGCAUCCCACCCUACUUCCGGAGUGCCAUGCCUUUCUGAGGUCAGCGAGACUCCGCCCCUGGAGAGCCCCCAUGCCGAGUCCCAAAACGAUCCUUCUCCUUCCCCGAGCGAGUGCACCAGUCCCGAGGAGGACUGUCCGCCAGCCCCUCAGAGCGGGAAGGAGCACAGCGAGGUGUGCGUCCACUACAAGCCCGAGUGGAGGCCUCGGGGGCGGAGCAGCCGCUUCGACUCCUGCUACUCCACUUCCCACUCGGAGUCUCCCGGAGAGGAGGAGGAAGAGGAUGAGGACGUAUUCCACGAGGUUCGGGUGUGGCACUCCAGAGGCUUCCUGUCUGACCGGGCCUCGUCUGGGGUGGCGUCCUUUGACGAGGAGGAGGAAGACGAGGAGAAGAAGGAAGAUAAAGAGUAUUUGAUGUGAUGUGCUGUCCAAGUUCAUGUCUCUUUGACUGUGGAUAUGACAUCAUCUGUUCUGCUGUUCGUCUUUCCGUCGCUGCCUUGUGUCCCCCCCGCGUCCAGGCCUUCCACAAUUCACCACCAACAUGUCCACUGGGAGCGUGUGUCCAAGCAGAAUGUAAAGCUGUUGUGCAGACUGAGUUUUGUACAUUUCUUUUUGUCAAGUGUUGCUAUGGCGUUGUUUUUUCUAUGGAUAUUUUGUAGUGUUGUUUUACUGGGGGUCAUGCUGAUGUGUCACGUGUUGAUACUGAAUGUCCUACAGUGUCUCACAAGUGACCCCUCCCAUUUCAGCGGCAUUUCAUUACAUCUUCUCAAGAGACAGUACUAUAGAAAUGAACCUUGGAUAUACCUUAGAGUAGUCGGUGCACCGCUUGUACAGCAGUAUGGAUUUGCUAUCCGCUGAAAAGAAGUCAACCCGCAGCCACUCCAUCAGCUUGGCUUCCUACGCAAGGCACUUGUCUUGUUUGGGCUUCUUAUCAUGUGUUUCCCAAGGGAGGGAAUCAUGCUCUGCUUCACAGUACUUGUUGUAAUUCAUGUUUCCCCUCAACGAACCGCAGCUCCCCAGUGCCGGCAGCACUCAGACCCUGACACUACCACUACCACUCACUUGUGUUACCAGCUAUUUGAACAAUAACGGCUGUGGAUUGUCAUUUUCAAUCGACACUUCCAUACAAGCUGUACACCGACUACUCCAAAGUAUGUCCUUCCUGUAGUGUUGUCCCUUGAGAAGACACACUGUGAUUACAGUAAACAGUUGCUGAAACGUGAGGGGCGUGCUCACCUCUGUGAGAUGCUGUUUAUAAUGACUUUCUUCUUGGGAGGGCGCUUUCGUUCCCAAGUCACGGAAGACGAUUAGUGUCACAUAUUUGGAAAAAAAAAGUCAUGAGUAUUUGGUUGUCACUCAGAAUAAAAGACUAAUCAUUUGACUUGUCAGUCUUUUAUCAACCUGACGCUCACCCUUUUUGGAUUUUCCUGGAAUUCUCUUCAUGCUUUUUAAAUCCAGUAACUUCCUAUUUUGUCUGGUUUUGGCAUCAGCGCUAGAUAGCUCCACUGGCCGGCCAAACUGUAUUCUAACCUUUCUCCCUCUUGGCAUUUUGACCAUUCGCUCUCUCAAAAAUCUACUGUGGACUCCCCACUUUGGAACAGUGACCUUUCUCUUUCUCUGUUUCGCUCACUCUGACCUUUAUUUAUGACAUAUUCUUAGAACUCCUUGCACUUGGAAUUCCGUACUUUUCUGCUUUCUCUUAAUCUUCAUUUUUGAAAGAUGUUAACCACACAGAUUAAAAAAAAACAAAAAAAAAACAAAUGUCCACACUGCUUAUCCUAUUUAACAAGGCCAGUUAUGUGAACCACUACAUUACCAAUGUUUGGCAAAAUAAAAGAAAAAU